UGAGAUAGAGAGAGACGAAGAGAGAGAGAGACAUAGACAUGCACAGUGGAGGAGGAGGACGAGGAGGAGGGGGAGGCUCCUGAUACCAAGACACGGAAAAGCAGGGGAGGGAAAGAGAGAAAGAAAAAAGGGGCUGUUGGAGGAAGAAGAGGAGCGGGGAGUGGGAGAAAACAGGGGGAAAAACACACUUAAAGAAAGCAUAGAGAAGAGAAGAAGGACAGUACCUGGUGCUUUGGACAUCCCCCUCCUUUCUUCACUUGGGCUGUCACAAGCAGAUUGGACUCCGAAGGACCGACACCGCGUCCACCCCAGACCCCAUGGGGUAACAGCAGACGUUUGGAGGAGAGGCUUUUGUUCAGCUACACAGAUGAACAACAGGAAGGAGGACAUGGAGAUCUCCUCUCACUAUCGUCAGCUCCUCAGAGAGCUCAACGAGCAGAGGCAGCACGGCAUCCUCUGCGACGCCUGUGUCAUUGUGGACGGAAAGAUCUUCAAAGCCCAUAAGAAUGUCCUCCUGGGCUCCUCGCGCUACUUCAAGACUCUUUACUGCCAGGUAAAAAAAGGUUCAGAGCCUCACCACCAGACUACUGUCACUCACCUCGACAUCGUCACAGCAACAGGCUUCAAAGCGAUCCUGGACUUUAUGUACUCGGCACACCUCGCCCUCACCAGUAAGAACGUAAUUGAGGUGAUGUCAGCCGCUAGCUACCUGCAGAUGACCGACAUCGUCCAGGCGUGCCACAGCUUCAUCAAGGCUGCGUUGGACAUCAGCAUCCGCUCCGAGAUGGCGGACGAACUGGCCGACUUUGAGAUGGGAGCUGUUGCCGCGGCCAGUAUAGGUGGAGGUGGAGGAAGUGCAGGGGGUCCGGUUUUAGCAGGAGCUGGAGGGGUUGUGGGGGCAGGUUUAGGAGUAGGAGGUGGGAUAGUGGGAAUGGCGUCCGAAGCUCUGGCCUCCAUCAUGUCCGGUCGCAGCACCUCUCCUUGGCUGGCUCGUCGCACCAGCCCAGCCAACUCCUCCGGGGACUCGGCCAUCGCCAGCUGCCACGAGGGAGGUAGCACGUACGGCAAGGAGGACCAAGAGCCCCCCAAGAGCCACGAGAGCCAGGAGGAAGCCUGCCAUGACUCCCAGCCCGCCUGGCCGCACGACUACAGACCGGUCACCGUCAAAGAGGAACAGGUGUCCCCUGCCUCUUCUUCCCAUCCCAGGGACACUCCCAGGGGGGCAGCACAGAGCCAGGGGGAGCAAGGUGCUGGAGGGGCUGCUGGAGGAGGAGUAGAUGGGUCCUGGCAACCACUGUCAGGCUCAGGUCGGAGGAAGAACCGAAAGAACAAGGACACGGUCAGACAUAUUACCCAGCAGUCUGAGAGGAACUGGGACAGAGAGCGGGACAGGGAGAGAGAGCGGGACAGUAGGCCUGGCUCACCUUUGCCCUCCAUGCUGGCUGUGGCUGGAUGGAACUACAACGGGCAGGAAAUCACAGGUGCAGACGUGACCGAACCCAACAGCUCAGACAGCCGCGGUGAACGCCUCGACUUCUUCCUCAAACAGGAGGAGGCUCUGACCACGGAGCCCAGCUACCUUGGUCCCAACGAAUCGGAGGAGGCCGGGGGAGGAGCAGGGGGUGGGACCAUCUCAUCCGUAGCCAAUCUGAAGGCAGCGCUGCUGAGUAAGAACAGCCUGCUGUCGCUACGGGCUGAAAUGAUGGGAGAUGAUAACCCCUUACUGUACGAGUACCUGCCCAAAGGAGGACACUCCCUGUCUUUGAAUGACUUCACGGUGAUCCGGAAAAAGUUCAAGUGCCCCUACUGCAGUUUCUCUGCUAUGCACCAGUGCAUCCUAAAGAGGCACAUGCGCUCCCACACUGGUGAGAGGCCCUACCCCUGUGAAAUCUGCGGCAAGAAGUUCACCAGGAGGGAGCACAUGAAGAGGCACACACUGGUCCACAGCAAGGACAAGAAGUACGUGUGUAAAGUGUGCAGCCGUGUCUUCAUGUCAGCCGCCAGCGUGGGAAUCAAACAUGGCUCGAGGCGCCACGGUGUUUGCGCCGAUUGCUCCGGCCGGGGCAUGGCUGCGCUGCUGGACCACAACGGGGAAGUGGGAGGAGAUAUCUCCCCGGAGGAGGAGCUGUAUCCCGGCGACCGUUUCCACGAUGACCAAGCAGAGUGCGAUGGUGACGGAGAGGGGGAGGAGGAGAUGAUGGUGGAGGGGGACGGGGAGAUGAUGGGUGAGGGAGAGGAGGAUGGAGGAGGAGGAGGAGGAGGGGGGAAGUGGAAGGACUCAGGGAUGAGCACUGAGGCACACAGAGCACUGGACAAUGAGAAGGAGGAGAGUGACUCCUCGGCACAGGAGGGGGAGCAGCAGAAUGGGAGUGAGAGGGACUUCACUUGGAUCUCCUAGAAUCAACCCCGCUCCUGUUAGCGGCUCCUUCGACCAAUCUCUAAAGAUCUCUUGCGAUCUUUUGGGCAGAAUCCUCUGCUCCUUUUACCCAUUCGUCCCAGCGUGGGCAGGCCUUCCUUUGUAUGGAAAGCUGGAGGGUGAUGCGCGACAAUGAUCUCAAACACACUCAUACACACACAAACACAAACACACACACACACACACACACACGCACACAAACACACACACUUAGGCCAUUCUCUGCCAUAGUCGAAGAAGAAGUGGUGACGAGAUGGUUCCAGUGUAAGGCUUUUUCCGCUUACCUCCUUUACUUCUGAUGCAGUGUUUUUGUGUUUCUUUUUCUCGAGAGUUCAGGCCAGAGUCCAGUAGUUUUUUACUCUGUCACAACAGGAAUCAACGAGGACGCUGCCAAGGACGCUAAGGCUGCAACUUUGUAUGUUUGCCAUCACAAUCACCAUGGAAACCAAGGAUCACUGACUGACUGUGUAGGGAAAUAGCCAGAAAGGGAAGUGAAGGCUGUAAAAGUCUCUCUGCAAGUAAAGGGAGAGAGAGUCUAAAAUCUAUUGCAAUGCUACAUGUGUCAGAGGAGCGGGCAGCCCCCACGGCACACAGUUGAUGCAGAGUCCUACUGCCACAGACUUGCACUUUAUCGACAACUGACUUGUAUCAAAGCCCUGAACCCGUGGUUUACAUUUUUGAUCUGAUCUUUGCUUACCUAAAACAACUCGGUGACCGCACCUACCUUUAAGGAUAUAGUCUAUGUCCUCUUGACUGUUAUCACGAUAUAGAAAUCACUGAAUCUUUGUGCAGAUUGCUGUUUAUAGAGCCUAUGCCUUUCAGUGGGGUCCUUAAUCUUUUCUUCGUUUACCACACAGUUUCUAUAAAUCCAUUCCAACAAGAUAAGACUAAUGUACAUACAGUUUUUGGGAUUCUGGGGGAGAGGUGUGUGUGAGGCCCGAGAGAGACAGAAAGAGACUUUGACAGUGUAUGGACGAGUUUUUAAUCUCUUUAUACACAAAGUGGACUUACAUUUUUGUUCCUGUUUGGAAAAUUAACUCAAGCACACAUUAAAUCCACAUGACCUACUGUACACGAUUAACUCUUUCUGUCCCUCUGGGCGUCUCUGGUGCAGUUUGUCUCACAGCAGAGGUUGUGAUGAUUGGACCUAAGGAUGAUCAGCCUUUGUCAAAUUUAAAAAAAAAAAAAAAAACAUUUUUCUUUUUUCUGUUUCUUUUCUUCUUGGUCAGUCAUGUAACUCCAGUUUCUCAGUACAGAAUAUGCAGACUCUUUCUAUGGUUUCUCUUUCUUUGGGUGGUAUAUUUUCUCUGGCUUUGUAAGGUUGAAAGGAGAGGAUCAAAAAUUGUGCUUGAACUUCGUAGGGUGUAAUAUUUGUUUUGUUUUUAACAGCUAUUUAUUAUAAAAAAAAAAACCUGUUUGUGGAUGCCUACAGUUUUUUUGAGAAGUUAUUCUCUCUCUUUCUUUCUUUCUGUGUGUAUGUGUGUGUCAGUGUGUGUGUGUGUGUUCGAAGGGACAAGAUGGAUGUUUGUAUGCGAGAAUGUGUGAGUGUCCAGUGUCCAAAAAAAGAGUCUAUCUUGAUUUCUUAUGAUUUUUUUCCUUGUUUUCUGGGAUGUGAUUGACAAUUCAAGUGAGGCAGAUGACAUGUCUUAUUAUUCUUAUGAGUAUCAGAACUUUGGUUAUCGUUGUUGAUGUUCCUAUUAUUAAUUAUUAUUAUUAAGUGCUGGAUGCUAAGCUUUAUUGUGUGCUCUUUUUUGAUAUUUUAUAUCUUGUAUAAGAAAAAAAAAGCUUUUAUACUUUGCCUUGUUGUGGACAGCAAGCCAUGGGGCUUUUAUUGACCUUUUAUUGUGCCAGUUUACGCUUUUUCUGUCGUAUUUGCUUUUUUUACAAAGUGGAAAAACAACUUCACUGUCAAACCUCUCUGUUAGAUAUUGAUUGAAACAUAUAUUCCGCACACGCUUUUUUUUUUUUUUUUUUUGCAUCACCAAUGUACACUAAUUGAUGAAUAUGGAACCAAAAACAAUCUCGUACCUUGUAUACAUGAAGUGCUUUUGUUUCACGGUCUGUGUGCAGGUGAUUUUUUGGAUUUCUUGCUGUGGUUAACCAGUUUUGUUGUUGAGUUGUUUUUAUUUUUUGAACCUGUCACUACUUGUCAGUUAUUAAAAAGUGCACAUGUUAUGGUGUCGUAAAUAUGACGGGCUAUGUAAAAGAAACUGCGAGAUUAAGAAGGCAGUUUCUUUAAUUUUAUUUUCUGAGUUUUCUACUGUCUCACGCCUUGCAUGAAACACAAUCAAGCAGAAAGGCAGCAUGCAGAUAAAACACUGGUGUGUGGAGCCUACAUGCUGUAUUUCUAUCCGCUGGUCAUUUACUGGCUUGACUCUCGAUCAUUUCCACAGCGGGAAAGUGAGCUCUGCAGCAGUUAACUCUGGGAAACAUUUUGUUACCAGUUCUGGUUGCACACAUCAGCUGCCAUGGACUGCACUUCCCAUCAUGCCCCACUAGGAAACUCUCAGUACAAUCUGAUUUCUUCAUCUCGAGCAACUGUCUUUAUUUUAUUUGUAUUAUUUACUCAGUUUUGUUUGACCCAUUAAUCAAAUAGGUGUAAUUUUUAGGGUAAAAAAAAGACAGUGGGGUUGGAUUUUUUAUUGAAUGUCAAUGUUAGGUGUGGAAGGAGCCCAUGAUCGGUGACAAAUCUCUGUCCUGUGGUGCUGUUACAGUCACUGAGAGACAUGUGGAUGAAUGUGUGACUCCCCGACCCUGCGCUCUUCUUAAGACCUGUACUGUACGUCUUCUUCCUCAUACUGGGUUGUAACUUCAGGAAAAAAAACAUCCGCCAUCGAACCCUCAAUAUGUGCCUCAAUAACAUUUCACCUUGCGUGCUUGUGGGUGUUUGUUCCUGACUGGUGUGUUUGUGCCAAUGGAUAGAGAUUUUACUUUAAAAAAAAAAAAAAAAGAGAGAGCAACUGAUCAGAUUAGAGGUGCAAAAAGUUUUUUUGAGGAUAAAACUUCAACGAGACAAAUCAUGAUGGGCGACUCCAUUCUCCUUCCCACCGUGUGUUUGAUGACCUUCUGUGCCCCGAUUCUGUGGUCUUAACUGCAUGCCUGUGCUCAUUUUGUCAUACCAAAGCGAUGUCAUCUGCACACAACUGUCUCAUUCCACAUGAUGCAAAACUGGAACUGGUUUUUAUCUCCUGCAGAUGAUUAUGGGUAUUCUUAUACGUGUACAAAUUGCAAUCCUCAUUUAGCCUGUAUAGCUUGAUUCACACGUGCAAAUCAUGAAGCCAUAGAUAUGGGUAUAUCUAUAUUAUACUAUAUUUCAAAAUUGGCGCUUUUUACUUUAGAUUUUGUUCUUCUACUAAGAGUGAUGUGUGUAUACCUUCAUAUAUAUGAAUUUAUAUUACUAUUAUAUAUUAUUUAUUUCUCUCAAGUUUCAGAGGACUUUGAUUUGUAAAAGGUCGCACUUGAAGCUUGAGGUUUGUUUAUUUUCAUUGGGAAUAUUGUUCAAUAUGAUACUGACUUUAUAUUGAUGAUUAUCAUAAACCUGUGUUUGUAACAAAAUGUGUUAAAUAAUCAAAAGAACCCUGUCCUGUUUCUACACCUGUUUUGUUUUUGGGCAGAUUUAAGUGCUCUUGUGCAGAUUUUUUUUUUCUUUUUUUUUUUUUUUCAGUUGAUAGUACUGAUCACAAAAACAUUUUACAGCCAACCAUGAGCCUCCUGUUUUUGAUGUUUGGGUCUGCCCGGCGGCCGCGCAAGCCUCUUUCUAACUUCAUGUUCAAUGGAAGAAUUAGCUUGACUAUUAUUUGCAAAAACCAAUCAGUCUCAAUAAAUUUUGAAAUUGCUGCUGUAAAGAAGUGA